UCCAUUAUAGAGAAGAAGCACUUUUCAUCCCUGAGGAGACACAUAUUCAACUGCUCUCUGCGCCAAGAAUAAAAGGAAGAAUCACAAUGAAGCUGUUGGUGUUCAUGAUGUGCCUGCUGGCCACUACUUUGGCUGCUCCUGCUCCGGAGAGUGAAAGCAAUGAGCAGGUCGCAGCACAUGCUAAUGAGGCCCUGAGGUGGAUGGAGAUGUACAGGAUGUACCAGCAGCAGGGAGUAGUUGGAAACCCCUUCCUUCCUGCUGCUGAUGCUCCUGCUGAUCCAGCUGUGGCAGCAGUGGUGGAUGCUGCACCAGCCCAGCCAGCUGAUGUUCCCCCUCCAGCUCCUGUGGCUGUUGGAGAUGCGUCAGAGGAGGAGACAGAGGAUGAGAACCCUGCCCCCAAAGCUGCUGCUCCUGCUGCCCCCCUAAACUCUGAUGAGGUAGAAGAGGCUGAAGAGGUGGAGGCAGCUGAGGCUGUGCCAGCUGUGGUUGAAGCAGCACCAGCAGAGCCGGCAGCAGACCCUGCAGCUGCUGUUGAGCCAGCUGUGGUUGAUGUCCCUGUAGACGCGGCACCAGUUGAUGCUGCUGCUGUGGAUGCUGCUGCUGUGGAUGCUGCUGCUGUGGAUGUGCCUCCUGUGGAUGUGGUUCCCGUUGAUGUAGUUCCCGUUGACGUUGCCCCAGCAGCCCCCGAGGUGGUGGCUGUUGAUGCAGCCGCUCCUGCCGCAGCCGAUGUCCCUGCUGCUGUUGAUGCUGGUGCCGCUGAUGCCGGUGCUGCCCCACCGGCAGCUGAGGCUGACGCAGCUGGCGUGGCAGCAGAUCCUGCUCCACUGUAGUUAUCUUCCUCUUAUUACCAGCCUGCCCCUCUCUUAGCAGUUAAAACAGAAGCUGAAAACAGCCAUGGGUGCUGUAGGGUGCGUUUUCAAAGGAUGAAAAAGCUGGGGCGUGCUGAAAAGAGACUGAGGAAAAAAUGA